ACAAGCAAAAACUGCUCACUGGUUUUGGAAAAGACGAGACUCGAUACGAAGUUACACGGAUUAUUUGAUGUCUUUAACGAUACACGUUUUCAUUUUAUCUUGAUUUUAUUGCAAAGACUGGCGGAACUUGCGUCAUCGCGAUGACACCGAUGGCAACAUUCAGAGAUGACUUCCGUAAAUCUUUGGCGGGAGACGCAAGUAGACAGUAAACAACUCGGCUUGUUGUGCAAGCUUCAAACAAGAGCAAAGUAACAACAGAAGAGACAGAUCAAAUCAUUUGAUAAUGGAUAAUAUUGCCGUCGUUCCUACACAGGAUUGGAAGAACACUAAGGAGGCGGUUGCAAACUUUCGACAACUGCUGCUUUGCUCCAAAUGCUCGAAUUUAAUGACGGAGCCUUUGUGUCUAGGAAUGUGCGAGCAUAUGCUGUGCAGGUCCUGUGCUGGCCCUGGGGCCGGAGAUGGCUGCGUGGUAUGUCAGAGUCCUGCGUGGGUGAAGGACAUUAAAAUCAACAGGCAGCUCAGCAGCAUCAUACAGCUCUUCUGCGGUUUGGAGUCCUUGCUCAAUCCAAUAGAACUGCCAGCAGAGUCCUCCCUAGCUGAGAUCCAAACUCAACCUCAAAGUCCUGUCUUCAAACACAAGAAAAACUUCAAGAUCUGGUUUAGCCCCCGAAGCCGCAAGGUACGCUGCACAGUGCAGAAGCCUUCAGAGGUCACCGUACCGGAGAGCACAUCUCCUGGAAAAACGGCUGCAGCAAAGCUAGACACCUUUACUGCUCCAAGUCAGGACUUGUCAGUUUUCAAUUUCACCCCGUCCUCCCAAGACUCAGACUGUUCCUCUUCUGAGCGAUGCAAAAAUGAAAAAAGGAAGAAGAGAUCAACUAAGAAAACAGCCCCGAGCAGGAAGGUUUCGGUGCUUGGAGCCACUGAGGCCACACGGAAACAGAGCAACCAGAAGAUGAUGAAGAACAGGCUGGUGGCUAUAAACCAGCAAUGGGGGACUACCGAAGAGAUGGAUGCUUUAAAGGAAAAGGAGCUGUCCCACGCUGAAGGGCCAAGAAGGUCCAGCAAAAGAGUUUCCUUCAUAAGCCCUGUUGUCACGUCUGCCGAGACUCUGACUGAAGGGCCACAAGUGCGUACUAAUGAACUCGACACCACGAGGGAGAGUCUCUCAGGAGGCAGCAGCACUGCACUGAAUGACCAAACACAGCCUGGUCAGGAAAUGACGGACAGUGUCGACAAGCAACCGCCCGACACUCGCAUUCCUGAAAAGCACCAAGACAGAUCUCCCCUAAAGCCUUCAUCAAAAAGAUCCAGACCGGAGGAGAAAGAUGCCACUUUGGAGACCACGCCAAAACGGCCCAGGGCUUCCCCAGGCAGGCGGAGAAGAUCACAGAUGUCUCCAGCUGACCUGAGCCCUUUUUCGGCUAGCCCCAAAGGUGAUAAAAGUGUCAAAAACUCAAGAAAAGAGCAAGGAGGCAGCCCACUUGUCCCAUCCACUGUUGGAAAAAAAUCUCCCUGUUCUCCCUGUCCAUCUGUGGGACGGACCCCCUCAGGGAGCCCUGCGGUCAUGAAAAGGAACCACAAGGGCGAAACGCCGCUGCAUCUAGCUGCUAUAAAGGGCAAUGUGGAGGCUGUCAAGGAACUCCUGGAGCAGGGCGCUGACCCCAACCUGAAGGAUAAUGCUGGGUGGACCCCUCUGCAUGAAGCGUGUAACCUGGGUCACCUGCCGGUUGUGGAGGUGUUGGUCUCAAGGGGGGCCCUGUUGAAUACUCCUGGAUAUAAAAAUGACUCUCCACUCCACGAUGCUGUGAGGAACAGACACCCGGCCAUCGUCAAACUGCUGCUGCAGCAAGGAGCCUCGCAGAGCGUACUUAACCAGUAUGGAAAGCGGCCUGCAGAUUACGCAGCGAGUCCAGAGAUGCUGGAGACUUUCCAGGAAGCCUCAGAAGGGAACCAAUGUGCUGAUACAUCUCUCAGCCCCUCUGCUAGUCUCUCCAUGGUGAGUGACUGUGUGAGGAGGGAUGAAAUGGCGGUCUUUCUGACCACUAAGCUGUCACAGACAGAACAACUUCAAGUGGCCGAACUGGGAGAGCUACUGGGAGGGAGGAUGGCAGACACCUUCUCUGGCUCAGUGAGCCAUGUCGUGGUGCCAGAAGGACACAUGCCCACCACCAGCUCCGCCCUCCUGGGUCUUCUUGCUGGCUGCCGGGUUGUCAAAUUCAGCUGGGUGGAGGCAUGUCUACAGGCAGGCAAGUGGAUGCCCGAAAAUGAGCACGAAGCGGGAGAAGGCCCACAGCGAAGUCGCAUCAACAGAUGUAGCUUGCUCCCUCCGCUCUUCGAUGGCUGUUUCUUCUUCCUCCUGGGUUCCUUCAAGGCACCUUCCAAAGACGAGCUCACCAAGCUGCUCCGGGAAGGAGGAGGUCAACUCCUGAGCCGGCAGCCCAAGCCCGACAGCGACGUGACACAAACCCUGAGUGCUGCGGCCUACCACGCUCUGCCGGGCUCUGACCAGGCCCUCUGCACUCAGUACAUAAUCUUUGACUGCCAGGGCCCUCACAAGCCAGCAGUAGUGAGGCGAGGUAAGGUGUGGUCAGCGCCCUCCAGCUGGAUCAUCGACUGCAUCGCUGCCUUCCGCCUCCUCCCCGUGUCAGACCCUCAAACAUCAGUUUAAAC